GCGUCCCGCGGCGGGAUCUUCCCGGGCCGAGGAGGAGCACCUUGGUCCGAAAGCCAAGGCCGCCACGCAGAGGAGCAUAGCAGCCCAGGCGGUGGAUGCUUGCUUGGAGAAGUACGAGGAGCACUACCUUUGUAAGACAUGGGGCGAGGCGAAAUGGUCCAUCCCUAGGGAGCACAUUGAAGCCAGCGGCAGCAACGGCUCGGGACCCGCGCCGUCCGAGGUGGUCACCGAGAUCUCCCGGAUCCAACAGGUGCUCCACUUGGACUUCGUGAAGGCACCGGCAUCGCGCUGCGACCGGGCGCCCGCGCGCGCGGGGCCGAGCGUGGUGCUGCACGAAGAGCCUUGCCGCAAGAUGAUCAGCCGUGCUCGCCAGGCGCCAAAGGCCUCAGUGAGCGACCUGGGCACCGCGAGCGUUCCGGCCAGUCGCCGCUUCCGGGACUUCUUUGCACAGACAGAUCCAUUGCCACAGAAGGAGGCGCAUUGUCAAACCGAAACCUCGCUCUACUUAGAGAUGGACCGGCCAAGGAAACGGGAAUCCCGGCAUUCCAAUCAGCCCAUGUUGGAAGAAGCCAAGACGCAGAACUUCGGAGGAGGUGAGGAGCACUUCAAAGAGAAGGCCCGCGAAGCUGCGAUGAAGCCGCCCUACUCGGUGUUCGACGAGUACUACGAGACGGGUUGUGCCCAGGCCAUUGCACGCUCUGCAUGCUUCGAAUAUGUGACGCUACUCAUCGUCUUCCUGAACGCCUGUUGGAUGGCCAUCGAUAUGGACUUCAACAAAGCCGACAUCAUUACGGAUUCCCAUCCAGUCUUCCUCAUCGUGGAGAACGCCUUUUGCACCUAUUUCUUCUUAGAACUCCUGAUCCGCUUCUUCGCCUUCCAACAGAAAUGCCACUGUUUGCAAGACUUUUGGUUCGUCUUGGACUUGAUCCUGAUGUUUCUCUAUGUCCUGGACACCUGGUUGGUGAUGAUCCUCGUGCUUGCUGGAGGAAUCGAGAUCGGCUCGGGGGCGUCCAUGAUGACGAUCCUGCGGAUGCUACGCAUGGCGAAGCUCUGCCGCCUCACCAGGUUGGCCAGGCUUUUGCGAGCAGUGCCGGAGUUGGUGAUUAUCGUCAAGGGCAUUGGCUUCGCGUCGCGCUCGGUGGCCAUCUUCUUCGUCUUCUGGACGAUGAUCACCUACGCCUUUGCCAUUGCCAUCCGACAGCUCACGGAGAACACCGACGUCGGCGAUCUUUACUUCAAGUCGGUGCCAGAGGCAAUGAACACGCUGCUCCUCCAAGGCCUCUUCCCUGAGAGCAUCGACCUGUUGGCGGCCAUCUCCGGUGGUGAGACCUGGUACUUGUGGCCGUUGACCGUCUUCUUCUUGGCCGUGGUGUCCUUGACCGUGAUGUACAUGCUUGUCGGCGUGUUAGUGGAGGUGGUCCAGGUCGUGGCAUCCGUCGAGAAGGAAUCCUUGUCGGUCACCUUCAUGGCCACCGAGCUGAGGCGUAUCUUGAACAAGAUGGGCUGGGAGGAUGACCAACCGCUUCUCG